AUGGAAUGCAUAUUUAAUAGGGCUGAGAUCGUGUCCAUGGCUGACUCCACCACCACCAUCGAUGACAUUGAGGGAGAGCUCUUCAGGAUCGAGCGGAUCCGGGAGAUCCUGGUGCGCAGGGAGUCAGAGCUGCGCUACAUGAUGGACGACAUCCAGCUUUGUAAGGAAAUCAGCCGGCUGAAAACAGAGCUCCAGAAACUCCUGGUCCUGCCAGAGAACCAGAAAUCCAACGAGGAGAAGCAGAGGGAAGAGGAGCUGGUGCAGCAGAUCCACAAGCUGGUGGAAACACGGGAUUUCCUGGUGGAUGACGUGGAGUUUGAGAGGCUCAGGGAAAGGGAAGAAGACAAGGAAAUGGCUGAGUUCCUGCAGAACAAGCUCUCCAAAAGCUCCCUCCAGAGAGCAACUCCUGUCAGAGAGAAGAAGAUGACAUCGAGGGGACAGCAAACCUCAGCUCCCUACAUGAGCAAGACAGGCCUGACCCUGCUCAAGGAGUGCUGUGGCUUCACCUGUUCCGUCAUGUAG